UGUAGACUGCGGAUGUGUACGCGGCGGAUGGGAGGUGACUUUUCGGCGAGGGGACCUGUUCAUGUCGCUCCCCUAAAGCGGAGCAAGCAGCUUCUCCUCUGCACUCCACUCCCACAGCGGGGACGCGACGUCACGAUGGCUCAGCGACAAAGGCGCAGUGUUUACAGUAGUGAAGACGAUGAUGAAGAAACGGAGCUGAACGGGCUGGACCCUGAUGUCCCAGUAACCAAGAAUGGGAAGCACAGCGUAGGGAAGACUCGGUGGACUCGUGAAGAAGAUGAAAAACUAAGGAAGCUUGUGGAGAAUCAUGGAUCUCAAGACUGGAAGCUUAUUGCAAGUUUUAUGCCUAACCACACAGACGUACAGUGCCACCACCGAUGGCAGAAAGUCUUGAAUCCAGAACUCAUCAAGGGUCCUUGGACUAAAGAAGAAGAUAAAAAGGUGAUCGAGCUCGUCCAGAAGUACGGCCCCAAGCGGUGGUCCGUCAUAGCCAAGUACCUGAAAGGCCGUAUCGGUAAACAGUGCCGGGAACGGUGGCACAACCACCUGAAUCCCGAAGUGAAGAAGACGUCCUGGACGGAGAAGGAGGACCAGAUCAUCUACCAGGCUCACAAGAAGCUGGGGAACCGAUGGGCAGAAAUAGCCAAACUUCUGCCUGGAAGGACUGAUAAUGCUAUUAAGAAUCACUGGAAUUCCACCAUGCGACGGAAGGUUGAGCAGGAGGGUUAUCUGCAACACUUGCCCAAAGCUGACUUGCUACAUGCAGCCCUAAACUACACCAAAGCAGACCAUAUAAAUGGUUUCGCUCAUUACUCUUCUACGUUGAAGUUCCUUGCACAGUCUCCCCUUGAGUUCUAUCACGGUGCAGGAACAAAACAGUUGCCUUUUCCUGCUGGGACGUACAUGAACGCCAAUGUUCCGCAGCCUGGAACUGCCGCAAUACAAAGACACUAUGACAGUGAAGAUCCAGACAAGGAGAAAAGGGUCAAGGAGAUCGAACUGAUCCUGAUGUCCGCCGAGAAUGAGCUGCGAUGGCAGCAGGUAUUACCGAGACAAAUGAAUGACUAUCCUGAGUGGAACAGGGUGACCUUUCUUGAUGGCACACGGACUCACAGGGAGGGACGGACAGCUUCCUCCCUUGGCUUCCCGUACUGGUGGGACGUCCCAGCUUCGCCUCUGGAUUACGGCUGCCUUCCGGAGGAGAGUGCCUCCUCGGCCCGGAGCAUGGCUGACAUCCACUGCGGUGGCCGGGCCGUCUGUCAACCCCCCCUCCCCAAGAACACGGAGUCCUCCAUUGAUUCUAUCUUCACUAGUCGGGACCACCCCCCAUCAUCCCUUGCUGUUGGGAGCACCCAAAGAAUGGCGAACAUUCAGCGGUCGGUAAUUGAGAUGCCCCUCUCCAAUUCCUCUCCCAUCAGUCCGGUGCUGGAUCUUGCCGAAAUGGAGUAUGGAUCCUUAAAGAUGCCGUCCCAAAAUCUACACCUUAAAGCAAACCUAAUUAAAGAUGAAUCUACUGGAUCUGAAAUAGCUACAGGGAUCCAAGCCGACAGCCCAACUCUUUUGAAAAAAAUUAAACGAGGAAGGAGUGAUGUUUCAAAAGACUGACAGUCAUUGGACCAGGAACCUGGAUCCUGACUUGGGCGAGGCGUAGCCUUAAGUAUUUAUGAAUGAAGCAUUAAGAAUGUUAGAACAUAAUGAUUUGAAAUGAUUACCAGAGCUUUAUACCAUACCAAAUAAAGGCAAAUGUCAAAGAUGUAUAGCUAAUUCCACCAAAAAUGACAUUGUGUAUAUGAUGAAUAUCAUUUCUGAUAGCUUCUUGAAGUUUUGUCAUAAAUUUGGCCAUAGAUUGUACUGUAUGGGAAAAAUGUUGAACUGUUCAUAUUUUUAUAAAACCAAUAAAAGGUAAAGUAUUGUUUUGUGACUGUGAAA